AGAAUCGAUAAGGAUGGACGUACUGAUUCGAAACGGGAGGAUUAUCGAUCCAGCUAACGGCGUUGAUCAAGCGCUUGAUAUUUGGGUGAAAAACGGGAGAAUAUCCUACGAAAAUAACGUUAAUCCUGACGAAAUUAUAGACGCCAACGGUUUACUGGUUUGUCCGGGUUUGAUUGACGCCCAUAUUCAUGCUUAUCAAUUCUCAACACCUCUUGGUAUAGACAUAGACCGAUAUUGCCUUGCUAGAGGCGUUACCUGUGCCUUAGACGCCGGAAGUGCAGGUGUGGGAGCCGGCACUUUGAAAGGUCUCGAGAAAUACGUGAAAGAUGCUUGCAAGACGCGCCUUUUUGCCUUAGUACAUAUUGCUGCGCACGGAUUGGCGUCUAGCGGAUGCGCUGGGGACGGUGAGGGAGGUGAACUGGAUUCUUUAAAUCAAGUGGACGAAUCAAGAUGCUUAAAGGCCAUACAUGAAAAUCAAGAAUUUGUUAAAGGUAUUAAAGUUCGUUUGGCGACUGCGAUAUCAAAUGGUGGACUGAAUGAGCAAGAAGCUCUCAGGAGGGCCUCUAGGGCUGCUGAACGUGCCAGAGCUCCGCUAAUGGUCCACCACGCUUGUUCGUCUAUUAGUAAGGCUGAUGUUCUGAAUUAUUUGAGAAAAGGCGAUUUACACACGCACACAUAUAAUCCACACGCUUCAUCGGUGUUAGGAGCCGAUGGACGCCUACUUCCGGCUGUCAGAGAGGCCAGAAAGCGUGGAGUACUAUUUGACGUUGGUCACGGGAUGGGCUCGUUUGGCUGGCGGGUGGCAGAACAAUGUAUCCGGCACGGAUUUGAACCGGAUAUCAUCAGCACGGAUCUGCACGCAGAGAACGUCCGGGGACCCGUCUAUGACCUGGCCACUGUAAUGACAAAGUUCCUUAAUCUGGGAAUGACCGUCAACAAUAUAAUAAAAGCAGUCACUUGGACGCCAGCUCAGUCAAUCGGCUUAUCGAAAUUAUUAGGCUGUUUGAGCGAAGGUAGGCCGGCAGAUAUAACAAUUCUAAAGCUAGAGAAUUGUGAUAUAGAGCUGGAAGAUUCCUUGGGUGAGGUCAGAAGAAUUACGAAAAGGUUUAGACCGGUCAAAGUUUUCUUAGGCGGGAUUGAAUACCCCAUAGUUGAAAAUGAUGGCCAAUGGCCAAACCCAUUGUCUGCCGCUCGACUUAAAGAGGCUAUCAAAAAGAUGAAUUUACCCAAAGGCGAAGGGGACGAUCAACUCGUCUAA